AUGGACUACCCAAGAAUACAGAUCCCAAUUGAAGUCACACUGUGGGUGCUCUUGGCUUCAUUUGCAAAGAUUGGGUUCCAUGUGUACCAUAAAAUAACAGUUUGGGUGCCAGAGUCGUGCCUGCUCAUCAGUAUCGGCCUCAUAGUUGGAGCCAUCAUGCACUCUGUCAAUGAGGAGCCUCCCGCCGUCCUGACCAGUAAUGUCUUCUUCCUCUACAUGCUCCCUCCCAUCGUCCUGGACUCCGGAUACUUCAUGCCCACUCGGCCCUUCUUUGAGAACAUCGGUACGGUGCUCUGGUUUGCGGUGGUAGGCACUCUCUGGAACAGCAUUGGCAUCGGCAUGUCUCUCUUCGCCAUAUGCCAGAUAGAAGCGUUCGGAGUUCAGGACAUAAACCUACAGGAGAACCUGCUGUUCGCCACCAUCAUCUCGGCCGUGGACCCUGUGGCCGUGUUGAAUGUUUUUGAAGACAUUUCAGUGAACGAGCAGCUUUACAUCGUGGUGUUUGGGGAGUGUCUCUUCAACGAUGCGGUCACUGUGGUGAGUGGACCCUCCUCAAACCUCACUCUGGCUUCUCCAAACAGACACAGAUGA